ACUCCGUAAACAGCAAAAAACGAAUUUGGAUGUUAUUUUUAACAUGAUUUCGAGGCGCUAUAACGCAGACUAUUACUUUUGAUUUACUGUGGCGUUUUUGGACGGCGAUUCGUUUACUAAAGUAUCGAUUACACUACAGCUGCUCUAAUAAAACAGCGCCAAGAUUUAGUCUCAAGAAAGGUAACAAACGCUUCAGCCCACUUCUAUAAUUCAUAUCGGACCAAUCAGCUGCGAGGAAAGCUACGCAAGCAAACCCAUUCUUAAAGCAUGCGUAGUAGCGGCAAAAUGGCUUCGCCGUACAUGGAGAAUCCUGUAGACAUCGGAGCCCAGAUUGUACAAAGGGCUUUACGCAGGGAAAGAGUUAUAAGAGAUAAACAAAACCCACUGGCAUUCUCUGAUGAACAUUUAUACGAGCGAUACAGAUUUUCCGCGGAGGGGAUGUUAUAUCUUUGUCGGCUUCUUGAGCCCCAUAUUAAAAACCCUACGCGGCGAAGCCACGCGACCACCGUCCCGCAGAUGAUUUGUAUCGCUUUGCGGUUCUUUGCCAGUGGCACAUACUUGUAUGAAGUGGGCGAUGCCGAGAAGCUCAGCAAAAACACAGUUUGCCGAACUAUUCGUAGAGUGGUUAUAGCGCUCCAGAGAUACAUAAACACUUUCAUUGCGUUCCCUGGACAUCUACCCACUGUGACCAUAAAAGAAGGCUUUUCUGAAAUAGCUGGAUUUCCUAGAGUUAUUGGAGCAAUACAUUGCACGCACAUUCCAAUCUCUACUCCAACAAAACAAAUUGAGGCUGAUUAUCUUAACAGAAACGCUACUCAUAGCCUCAACGUUCAGAUGACUUGUGACCAUCAGUGUAUGAUCACAAGUCUGGAUGCGAGAUGGCCUGGCUCUGUGAUUGACACCCACAUUUUUGAGAAGUCUUUGUUGUGUCAGCGCUUUGAAGAAGGGCUGUUUGAUGGUCUGCUGGUGGGAGACAGAACUUACGUGUGUCAGAGCUUUUUGAUGACUCCCUAUCCUGACCCUGAGACAAAACCACAACAUGACUUUAACAUGGCCCUCAGUCAAACCAGGCUCAAGAUAGACGUGACUCUUGCCAUUUUAAAGGCACGGUUUAACUGUCUUCGUGACCUAAGAGUGUCACCAGAGCGGGCAUCUCAGAUCAUAGGUGCCUGUGUUAUCCUUCACAACAUAGCCACUAUAAGGAAGGAGCAGGUGCCGAAUGAAUAUCAAUUCCCACCUGAUGAUACAGACCCCUUCACACAGGACCAUCCAACUGGCAGAGCUGUCAGAGAUGCAAUCACAGCAGAAUAUUUUACCUAGCGUUCAGCAAAAUGGCCAACAUGUUUACACAUGUUCCAUAACUGCCUUUCAUAUUGUUAUAAAUAAACGUUUCUGUUAUAUAUAUGUACUGUUUAUAUGUAUAGAUAAUUGUACUAUUCAGAACUAUUUUGACUUCGAAAAAAUGUUCAUGUGAGAUUUUUUUUUUUUGUAUCUGUAUAAUGUAUUACAAAUGUAUAUAUCUUAUUUCGAGUAAAGAAAUGUAAAAAAAAAUUGUGCCAGUUUGAGUUUAUGCAAAAUUUUAUUUUGCAUGUCAGACAGUGGAGACACUCUUUCAGACGCUAUUUUCAUCUCUUCAUUACUGUACAAACCUUGGUUACGAUAUUAAAUUUGAUGUUGACAGUGGCCUACCUCAUUUACAGCUUACAAAUACUGGUAGAAAAAAUAAAGUGCAUGAAUGUACAAUGUAAAACAACAGUAAAACAGUGUCAAAUUAUAAAAGAUCGCAAUCUACUUUACAUUUUCCAUUCAAAACACACAAGCUGAAAACACAGUGGAAUGUAGCACAUGAUUAAACAACAUCAAACAUGUCAUGGUUAAUGUGGAUUAAAAAGACUUUUCCAAGUGGAACAGAUGUCUAUAAUAGCAACAUUAGUGCAUGGGUGUGUUUGAAGUCUGGAAUACCCAUAAAUGAACAUAACCUGUAAUGUACUUCUGCUUAUUCUUUUUUCCUUAAAAACAAGCUGCAAAUUUACAGACGUUUUCAGCCUUUUCCCAUUGCAUUAACCACUCCUCCAUUACCACGCUCUACCAAAAUACCAAGCAUACUGUUUAUACUGUAAUAUUGUAUCAUUAUACAGUACCGUUACCUCGUUUCUGCCUGUAUAGAUUCCAUCUAUAUUCUGUACCAAACACAAUAACCAACCAGCCUAUGUGGCAAAACAGAAUCACAA